AAUAUUGGUCAUUUGUCACUCCCCCAUGUAGAGGCCUCAAGCUUCGACUAACUUCGACUCGGCCCCCGAGUGCCAAGGGAUCGUCGUCAUUGCAUCAAGUUUGACGUCGUGACAUGACAGCGUCGUUUCUUAAGUGGCCGAAGAAGCACUCGUCGUCUGUCCUGGGCAACAACCAGGACGGAAACCUUCUCGAUGGACAUCCGGUGGAAGGCGCUGCGCCACACACGCCACCCACGGCCAAGGCCAACAACGGCGGGCGAAGCAAGCGCUCGAACAGUUUGAUGAACAUUUUCCAAAGAGACACGUCAGUCGAGCAACAUGCGACGGACGCGCCAACGCCGAACCGCCAUAGCCACCAUGAUCCUGUUUCGAGUAAUCAGGACGACAACGACCUCAAGACACCGUCGUUGCUUCAACCUGAAGCGCAGCCGCAUCUUGAAAAGAAAACAUCCAACAAAUUUCUCGAAGGCACCAACAAAUGGCUCGAGUCCACCAAACGACGAUUCUCCGCCGCCACCAUCACGACCACCACCGUUCUCUCUCGCCGUGGCUCCACGGAAAUAUCUCCACAGACUGGCCGACAUAUCGGCGAGGCUGUGCACACGGCAGGCGGCGCCGGAGUUGUAAAUGAAAUCAAGGCUGACGGGAGCACCGUCGUGCGCUUGGUCUCGACCGAGUGUGUCAAUAGCUCGUUGGUAAUUGUCGAGGCUGGCGGCGAGAUUGAGCCGCUUCCAGCUUUGCCGCAGGACACCGUCGUCACGGCAGAAGGCAUCGGCACUGCCGUCGCAUACAAUCCCACGACCAAGGAGUACACGGUCGAGCUGAUGGACAAUACGACGCGCACAUUUGGCAUCGACCUAGUCCAUUCCAUGGACAAGGACGGCGACGAGGCGUCGACGACUUCGACGUUGUCGCCGCAGCCAGACACCGCCUCGGGGACAUCCCUCCGAUCGAGCUUCCUCCAAAAGAUGGCCAAGGCCACACCCAAAUUUCCUGCUUUGCUUAAGAACCGAUCCACUGGCGGCAAUGCGCUGAAGUACCACGUUGGUCAGGCCGUCUUGACGCAGUUUGGAGACGGUGUUGUCGUCGACGUGGGUUUCGUGCGAUGGAAGUUGUUGUCUGAUGUGUGAAUUUAGAUUCAGCACGGUGACGCAACAGUCGUGGUCGUCAUUCACUUGAGCUUUGGUGCGACGGCGUAUCUCCAGCUCGACGCGAUCAAGCAGGGCUUAAAGGCGGCGGUGGGCGACCUCGUCCAGACGCGCUUCGGUCAAGGGCUGGUGGCGUCCGUGGCCGAAGAGAAUGUGUUCGUCGUGACUGUAGACGGCGAAGAUAUGUACGCCCAUGCGUCAGAAUUGACGAAGAUCUCGCCUCCGACCAACUCAUCGUCGCGCAAGUUCCUCCACUUGUUUAAGAAGUAAUAACACCAGGAAGUGCAUAACUGGGCAAA